UCUGCCUUACAGCGACGUUACCUUAGCCGUAUCGGUGAUUCUUAUAGUUAUUAUUAUUAUUUGCCUAUUUUGGCAGUAUCUCUAGACUUUAAUUACAUUUAUCACGUGCAGUGGUAUCUAUUUUGUAUUAUUACUCCUUUAUUCUGGAAGUGUCUGAAAAACUAUUUUUAUAGCGAGACUAGCUAACGUUUUAGUCAUUCUGAUAAGAACGCCGUUGGGGGUAGCUAGCGCAAACAAGCCAAACUUCAACUAUUACACUUGUCAUUUAUCGAGUUUACUGUCGUAAAAGGAGUAUUUAUUAACUAGCGUUGCCUGUUAGUAAGUAUAAUAUUUUUAUAUUUCGUCAAAUUAAACAUGGAUCAAAUAGGAAUCACUGCCAAAGAGGCAAAGAAUCCCUGGGGUGCCCCCAACAAAGUGGUGACCCCUUCCUCCCUGGCAGAUGUUAUGAGCGAACAGCUGGCCAAACAGCUGGAUGAAGAGUGCAAUGCCUUUCCCAUCUGCCCUGAUGUGAAUGAGCCCCUCUUUACUGGGGAAGACGUGGACACCUCAAGUGAUCUAAUGCUGGCACAGAUGCUGCAGAUGGAGUUUGACCGAGAGUUUGACACGCAGCUGCGCAGAGAGGAGAAGAAAUUCAACGGUGACAGCAAGGUGUCAAUCUCUUUUGAGAACUACCGCAUGGUCCACCCCUUUGAUGACAGUGACAGCUCUGAGGAUGAAGUUGAUUGGCAGGACACUCGUCAUGACCCUUACAGAGCUGCUAAGCCCAUGACGACCCCAAGGAAGGGUUUUGUAGGAAAAGGCAAGAACAUCACCACCAAGCAUGAUGAGGUGGUGUGUGGCAGGAAGAACACCGCACGCAUGGAUAAUUUUGCACCUGAAGUCCAAGUGGGAGACGGGAUAGGGAUGGACCUAAAACUGUCCAAUCACGUCUACAAUGCCUUAAAGCAACACUGCUACACCGAGCAGCGCCGUAGCACACGCGUGCACGAGAAGAAGGAGCACUCCACCGCAGAACAAGCGGUGGACCCCAAGACUCGUCUGCUGAUGUACAAGAUGGUGAACGCCGGCAUCCUGGAGAAAAUCAAUGGCUGCAUCAGUACGGGGAAGGAGUCAGUGGUCUUCCAUGCCGAUGGAGGGAGUCUGGAGGAUAAAGCUGUACCAGAGGAAUGUGUUCUGAAGGUGUUCAAGACCACACUGAAUGAGUUUAAGAACCGAGACAAGUACAUCAAGGACGACUACCGCUUCAAAGACCGCUUCAGCAAACUGAACCCCCGCAAGAUCAUCCGCAUGUGGGCUGAGAAGGAGAUGCACAAUCUAGCCAGGAUGAAGAAGGCUGGCAUUCUCUGCCCUGAGGUGGUCAUUCUGAAGAAGCACAUCUUGGUGAUGUCUUUCAUUGGCCAGAACCAUGUGCCAGCACCUAAACUAAAGGAGGUAAAGCUGGGCACUGAGGACAUGAAGGGAGCCUACUACCAGGUGCUGCAUAUGAUGCAGCAGUUAUAUCAAGAAUGUAACCUCGUUCACGCUGACUUGAGUGAAUAUAACAUGCUGUGGCAUAAUGGGAAGGUGUGGAUGAUUGAUGUGAGUCAGUCAGUGGAACCCACCCACCCACACGGACUGGAGUUCCUAUUCCGAGACUGCAGGAACGUGUCUACGUUCUUCCAGAAAGCAGGUGUAGCUGAUGCGAUGAACGUGUAUGACCUCUUCAAUGCAGUGUCUGGCCUCCAGAUUAUCGCUGACAAUGAGGCAGAGUUCAUAGCCCAGAUUGAAGUGCUGGAGAAGAUGAAUGAGGACCAUGUGCAGAAGCAUGGGAAGAAGACUCACUCCACCGCCGGCGAGGGGGGGCCGCCUCUAUUAAACGAUGACGAUGAUUAGUGAUCCUGCAACAGCACAAUCCAUAGCAAGAAGUAACUAUCUGCUGUGUGGGUUUAGGAGAAGGGAGUGAUGACUGCUGCUGGUCGGUAAUCCCGUCAGGGUGGUGUGAAUGCAGGAUGGUGACAGAAAUGGGAUUGCAUCGCACAUCACCUCAGCAGCUUUCAUUUGCAGAUAGGGCAUGGAAUGUGAUUGCAUUUUGGUAUCUUCACAUCCCAUUUUACCACUGGUGUAAAUGUAGUUUUGCUUGUGAGUUCUGCUUGUCGGGCAAAUUUUGUAUGAUUGCAUUUAAAUCACAAAUUGGAACUUUCAUUAUUGAUGACCUGACCUGAAAGCAAGCCAUGGAAUUUUUUUAGGGGUUGACUGACACUUUCUUAAAAGAUACAAACAAAAUGUGUCCAUUAAACAGCAACACAGAAUGAAAACCAAAUAAAAACGAUUGGAUCCAUUGUUGUUGCAAUUACUUUUCCAGCAGAUGGACUGAAUAUAGUUAAAAGCACCCAGCAACUGAAAAUGAAUUACUGCUUGCAUCUUUCUCUACAAUAAGUUAUUUGUGUGAAAGAUGCAGUAUUGGAGUGAUAGUGAGUAGGAUCCCCUUGAUCCCCUUGCAGGUAUGGGAGAAGGUGUUCCUGCCAUGUUGUGUGAUGUGUUUAAUCUUCACUCUACCGCGGUGAAGUAAAGAAUAAAAGGAAAUAAAAGGAAAAAAA